AUGUCGUCGCUUUGCCUUAAUCGGCUACAGGAAGAGAGAAGACAGUGGCGCAAAAAUCACCCAUUCGGAUUCUACGCGAGACCUCAACGCGGUUCCGAUGGAAUAGAUCUCCGACAAUGGAGCUGUGGUAUCCCUGGUAAGGAGAAGACUCUGUGGGAAGGAGGACUAUUCAAGCUUGAGAUGGUAUUUCCCGAGGAAUACCCUACGAAGCCGCCAAAGUGUAAAUUUGUUCCACCACUUUUUCAUCCCAACGUUUAUCCUUCUGGCACAGUCUGUCUAUCAAUUCUCAAUGAGGAUGAAGGGUGGAAACCUGCCAUCACAAUCAAACAGAUACUUCUCGGUAUCCAGGAUCUCCUAGAUGACCCAAAUCCAGAAUCUCCAGCGCAAGCCGAAGCCUAUAACCUAUUCAAAAAAGAUCGUACAGCCUAUGACAAACGUAUUCGGGCUCUCGUCAAGGAAAACCAAGCAACAUAG